ACUCGGUGGGCUGAAGGGCCUGUUUGUGUGCUGUGAGACUCAAGGACUAUGACUGUCUAUGACUAUUCCCGUCCAAUGCAGGGCCGACUGCUGAUCAUUGCAAAGAUAUGUGCGUCAUUCGCCAUUCCGUCAUCCUGUCUCAUUCCGUACUAUGUCCUGAAGGCAGCAAGGAACUUGGAAAGGACAAAAUGUGAAAGCUAAGAGGCCUGUGGGACACGCCCAGCAGGUCAGGCUGUACGAAUGGAGAGAGAAAGUUGGAAAUAACCAGGUCUGAUCCAGAAGAAGCCCAGCUUUGCCAGUGAGAUGUGCGGGAACUGAAGCGCUCAGCGUCCAAUAGGAAAUAAAUCAACAACGGACAGGAGCCCAGAACAUCUCAGCACCAAGCUCGGAGUCUCGGAGAGCGGACUCAUCCCUCGGCUGCAGUCGGUCGGCCUCAGACGUACUGGAGGAAGGGGAGAGAGAUACCAGCAGCCAGGGGCCACCUGGAAACCAGUGUGGGGCAGGAGCGGCUGAGAGACAAAGGUCCACCCAGCUCACAGCGGUGAUAGUCCAAGCUCACCAUGAGGAUGGUCUGGACCCUGCACUGGAUUCUGGGAGCCUUCCUUCUCCCUGACUGUGGUGGACAGAGUGGAGAACAUCACGGAGCAGAGCUUGAUCCUGGGGAUGUGAUCUUCCCCCUGUCGUUCAAUGACUCUGUCAUGGCUGACGGUGUGACUGGGUUCAUAGUGCAGGGCCAGGAGGACGUCUUGGAGGCCUGCUCCAUCACCCUGCUGACCAGCACAAUGACCACACCCAGUGGGCACGAGGAAGCCGAUCCGGUCACCCAGGAGGACCUGAGCCCAGUGAAGGGGCUAAUAGACGGCACCAGCUCCACCUUGGAAAGUCUAACGGUGGCGGUGAAGGAAGAGAUCGGGAGGGGGAGCUACCAGUCGGUGAUCACCAAGACCCUGCUGGACGUCAAGCUGCAGAAUGAGGUGUCCAACAACAUCAUGGUGGACAUCAGGGACAGCCUCCAGGCCCAUCACUGUGCAGACAGCCUGCUCACAAAGUUCAAGGAGAAGUUCGGGAAGAUGGAAGCAAUGCUUCAAACCAUCCAUCGCCUCGCAAGCCAAGUGGAGCAGACAUCAGAAUCUGUGGCCUUGGAGCUGAGCCAAGAUCUGGGAAAGUCGCGUCAGCUGGAGUCUGCUCUUGUCAGGAAGUUGUACUGAGAGGAUGGCCGGUCCCUGUGCUGGACAUCCACACUUGGCCCUUCUCCAGGCAGGGUUUCGCAUGUGACAAGUGAACGGUUUCUGCUUCCAAGGAGACAAAACAGCUCCUGAAAGUCUUAAACUCCAUAAUGAGACCUGGCCUUAAGUUCUUUGUCCAACCGCCAGCAAUGUGUCCUAGGAUUGGAGGAAGAAUCCUGCUCCUCCUCCUGCUCCGUCCCAUUGUAACCCCAGAGCGCCGUGUUCACACAAAGGGUAUCCCGCAGUCCCCUCAAGGAUCCACCUUCCUGAAUGCACCUGCACCUUGCUCGCUCUGCUUCAGGAGGUUCACCCGCUGCUCCCGUCCCACUCUCUCCACAGUGUCCGGGAACCGAGCCCAGGUCUCCCACUUCCCACCCUUCCCCCGUUCACUCACAAUUCCCUGAGGUCGCUGCCAUUGUCGAUUCAGGACCACCUUUUCCUGGUGCCGUUACACACACAUCCAGCUGUGGUCCACAAGGAGCUGAUCCCGAAUUCUGUACAGCCUGUCACGUGAAUGUACACUCACACACGGGGUUCAAGGCAUGAACUGACCACCCCACACCCACUCCUACACUGUCCAUCACAGAAACACCCACCCCCACACUGUCUGUUACAGGCCGUUACAGGAACUCGCCGACCUCAACUUCCAUCGGUGAAGGAAAUCACUGCCCCCCCACUAACCGGCCACGGGGACACGCCCAUUACAGGAGCUCACCAGGUCUCACACUCACCUUGCACUAAUCCAUUACAGGAACUCAUUGCACCCCGCACACCCAUUACAGGGACUAACCCCACCACACGCACCGCCCCCCCCCACACACACACACACACACAUCACAGGGAUUAAUCCCCAAACACACACCCAUUACAGGGACUAACCCCUCCCUGCACACACACACUACCCACCCCCCCGCCCUCAUGGAGCGUCACACUGACCCCUGCUUUCACGCUCACUUGUAGAAUGACAUUCACCCAACACAAUGGGAAGCUAUUCCAGGGACAGUGUGCAAUGGCAGGGUUUCCCAAGUGAUGACCCUAACUCAAUGCACUGAAUUAGUCGGUCAGUCAAAUGUCCAUAAAGGCAGAACACUUUGCCCAUUUGUGGACCCAAACUUCUUGGCCAUAACGUAUAAAAUGGCAACAUUUAAGUGUCUGGAUGAACAAUUGAAUCACUCAGGCAGAGAUGUCUGUGGACAAGGUGCUGGGGUUAAUGUGGAGAGGUGCCCGAUGGUUGGCAUGGAUGAGUGGGCCGAACGGCCUCUUUCCAUACUGUACAAUUCUAUGAAAAUGAAAACUUACAUUGGCGAUGAAUCUUUUACACAAACAGUGUUUAUAAGCAGGAAGUCCAGGCUUGGGUUAACAUGUCAGGAUUUCAGGCCUAACCCUGUGGUGGAGCUGAGCCUGUGUGUCAGUGGAACCUUCUCCCUCACUUGUUUAUUCCAAGGGAUCGGAGAUAUCCCAGUCUUUGCACAGGUCCUCUUCAAGUGGAUUUUGGAAGGCAGCCAAUGACUAUUUUCUAAAAGUGAUCUCAGCAAAGUUAUUUCGGAGACAACACAUGUCCUACACUUCAAGGGAGAAAUCUGGAUGGAGGAAUAAUAUAAGAAAGUCCCCUUGUCUGGAAGUGGCUGACUGGAAUGUUAGCCGAUUACACAAUGCAACCAAAAUUACAAAGUGGGUUUGUGCCGGAUACUGUAAUUGCUACCUUCUAUUAUGUAAUCUGAUCAAUACUCAUAACCUACCAGAAUCUUUAGAGUUAGUAAUUGAUGUUGAUGUCAAUCCAGUUACAACAACAGAACAAUUCAUUGUGAAUGGACCUGUGCUACGUGACAGGCAAGAGGGUUCGAAGUCUAGGUCAUUGUUGCAUUCUUGAUUAAUAUUAUCUUGUUUAUUAUCAAUGCAGAAAUUCAAUAAUAAAAUAGUUCCCAACAUGCAUCAAA